UCCGUCGGAAUGACUAAAAGUUGCCGUGUUGCGGGUUGUAACACAAAGAAGAGUUAGGAGCCGCAUUUGAAGUUCUUCAUUCUUCCUCGUGAGAAGAAACGGACAAGCAAAUGGCUGAAAGCAAUCAAUCGAGGAACAGUAAAAGAAGACGGUUCUGUGGACCAUUCUCGCCAGUGGGAACCUAAAUUAAGGCACAUUUACGUUUGCAGCCGACAUUUUAUUACUGCUCUUAGGUCCAAUCUUGUAUUCUGCAGUCGUGAAUCGCAACAGCAUCCUUUGAAAAUUGGGGACGAGCGUCAGCGGCAACGCUGAAGAGCCACAGUGGCUCAUUUAAGGCUCCAGCUUGGGGGGCCUCCUCUCCACUGAACCUCGAACACUUGAACGAAAAGCUGAGCCGCAUUGAUCGGAUUGAACCAUGGACAACCAUUCGUACAACUACGCGUACAACUUCCCUUCUGACUGCACGCCUCUCACCAACUGCAAGUCUGCCCGCAAACCGGCUGGUUCCACCGUGGUCAACAUGGGCAACCUGGGCAAAGACCCCCCGCGGGACUACAUCUUCUGGUCUCUGUGCAACACCUUGUAUGUGAACUUCUGUUGCUUGGGAUUCAUGGCUCUGCUGUACUCCAUCAAGGCCCGGGACCAGAAGACCCAGGGUAACCUGCAGUUGGCCCAGGAGUGCUCGGAUAAAGCCAAGUGGUACAACAUCCUGGCAGCCGGCUGGAACCUGUUGAUUCCUCUCCUGGCUAUAGUCCUGCUGGUGCUCCUGCUCAUCCACCUGGGCUCCUCCCAGGGCUCCUUCGACUUCCUCGGAGAGGACGGCCUACAGAACUUCCUGAACCUAUUCAACUGGUAGACGGACGGGACAAAUUAUCCACUCCACUUUUCGCAAGCAUCAGCCAAAUUGAUAUGAAGCGACAUCAUGGCGCACUUUGGAUUUGCAGUUCUUUCAGCAUGUUCAUUGUUGUAUUUAUUGUAUUUAUGCUGCCCUGUUUUCUACAAAAUUCCAUCCCAUGACUUAAAAGGAAAGACAACACCUUAAUCAUGUGCACCACAGAGGAAAGAAUCCUAUUUGAAAUUUUGAAAAAACAUGAUGUGGAAUAAUGAAGAAAAAUAUUUCCAGGAAGUGGCUAAAAUGGGGGCAGACAGAUCUGAUGACGGCAUGAAUACUGAUUAUCACAUGCAUUUGUGCUCAGGCAUAGACUUCACUAUCAGUUGACGGGCAACAGGGCGGAGGGCCACUCUGUAGGGGACCUAUUUUCAAAAACUUUAAAAUAUUUUCAAAACCAAAGCUGCUAGCGACCUAAAACCAAAACAGGCACCUCUCUUAGGCAUAUAUGAGUCUCCGUGAGCAGCGGCAUCAAAAAAUUCUAAGUCGUUCCCUCAUAAAAUCCUGACUAAUUGUUUUUUAUAUAAGUAUUAGAAAUCUUAAAAUGGCUAUACAAUUCUCAGAUUUUAUGCUAGAUGCACAAAAAUCACCAAAUGCGGAGAUAAUCACAUAUAUUUUCAGGAUCAACAGCAACAUUUAACAUAUCAUAGUAGUCAAGUUCUUGCCCAAAAUAGCAACUUAAAUUUUUGUUAUUCAAUGUCAAUUUGUCAAUUUUGACAUAAGUUUUCAACACCUAAUCACUCAAUUUUCAGAAACUUAAUACUUGAGGAAACCUUGCAGAAUCAUCUUAAUUUUACUCAACAAAAGCACAUUUUGCAUUUUUCUAUACACAAUCAGAAUUUACUUAGUGAUUUACUUACAAUGUAACUAUUGCCUCGGCACGUCUUGCCGGCUAUUUGGCCCUUGUCAUUUUUAGAUUGAAAUGUUACAUAAAACACGUAAAAGCCGAAUUGUUUUUUAUGUCGACGCAGAAAUGUCUAAAUUACUAGGUUUUGCCCAAAAAAGAAAAAAAAACGGGUAGUUGACCGAAAAUGACCUGAUUAUUUGAAUGUACUACUGUGUAUGGAUACAAAAUCCAACAUGGCGGUCAUCACAAAACAAAGAGCUUUUUAAGUUGAAAAUUCUUGUAAAUAAAUGCGUAAAUCCCGAAAUUUCUUUUGAUAUGAACGUAAAACAGUUUAAAUUCUUGGUCAAAAGCAAAACAAAAAACAAACAAACAAAUAAAACGGGCAGUUAUCAUUCAUUUUACGCAAAUAUUUCAAGCUACAGUUACACUAAUAUUUUUCAUGUUCCACAUUUUAAAGUGCAUGUAUGGUGCUGUUUUAUAUAACAAUUACCUUGAAUCCUCGACCAAAGCAUUCUUGAGACACUCCUGCCUGCUUUUAUGCACAAAAACUUUGUCCUAUUUCCACCUAAAUCCGGCGUUAGAACGAAGAGUGUUUGAGUUUUUUGCAGUGAAAGCUUCCAAAGCGCUCUGCCUGUCAAGACCCCCUACGGGAAGCUGUGGCGCAAUGUCUGUAGAAGCUGUCUCGUCAACUGAUAGUGAAGUCUAUGGCACAGUAUCAGUGUCAGUAUGCGUUUGCUAUUAUAAGUGACAUCACAAAUGGCUGCACUAGAAGGCGGUGUCUUUUUUUUUUUUUUUUUGCAAAUUAAUUAGGGAUAUCCCGAUCGAUCGAUUUUUGCGUUGAAGUCCGAGUCACCUUAUUUUGAGAAUUUGCCAUUAGAGUCCCGAUCCGAUACUGAGAAAGUCUUUUUUUUUUUCUUUUUCUUUUAAUUUGAACAAAAGUUCCAAACAUGUUACAGUACUUUACUGUUUACCUUACUCCUUCUUCUGCUAUUUCCAGGCUUGUUGCGGAGAAUAAAACGUUGAUAUUUUUGUUUCUUUUGGCAAUGCCGUUGUAUUUCUGGAAUAUUUUGUUUCCUUUUAGCCCUUAAUAUAUAUUUUAAAUUAAAAACCCAAUCCUUUCCAACCUUCGAUCCUCUGAAAAAUGGCCCGAUUUCUACAUGAUCAGAUCGGGAGCCUCCCUUGUUGUAAUAUUUUCUCCUGUUUCAGAGGUCUAAGAAAUCCUCCAUUUGCAUACUUAAAUACUUUGAGAAAGAGUUUGCUUUUGUUUGUGUAGUUUUUACUUUGUAUUGGGGGCUGACAGCACAAAGCUGAGGCGAUAUCGGUUAUCAGAGGUCUAAGAAAUUUGCCAUUGCAUAUGUAUAUUUGCAACCUUCUUUCACAUGACAGUCAUUUAUACAUUGGUUUUGUCUUUCCCUUUGACCCAAUUAUGACUUUUAUUUGGAAACAUCUUUAAUCAUGAUGACAGAGUGGUUAAUGGUAGCCUGCUAUGAAAUGUUUACCGUUUUUCUAGCGCGUGUUUGUAAUACAAGAGAUGAAGCAUAUUUGAGUAAGGAAUUGUGUUCGCAGAGGGAGAGCAAACAAGUAAUAUUAAAUGUAGCCAAUGUGAUAGCAUAUAUUGUACAUUAACAAACUAAUAUGAACAUAUGAGUAAAUACGUGUCCUAAUGACACAAAAUUAAGCGUUGUGCUGAAAAACUAUUGAUGAAAAAUGCAAAAAAACAAAGAUAUAAUUUUUUUAUUUACAUUGUAAUUCUAUAAUUUAGGCUAGGAUUAAUUACUGUCAAUUUAUUUAGAAUAUCCUGUAUGUAUCUGUCCCCCCCCCCUUUUUUUUCUUGAUAACUAAAUAAAUUCAC